CAGUUUGCUGGGGCGUUUGAUUGCUGUCGCACCUGGACCCAGGCGUCAGAAUGUCCUUUCCUAAGGCGCCCCUGAAGAGAUUCAAUGACCCUUCGGGUUGUGCUCCAUCUCCGGGUGCUUAUGAUGUUAAAACUUCAGAAGCAACUAAAGGACCAGUGUCUUUUCAGAAAUCACAAAGAUUUAAAAACCAAAGAGAAUCUCAACAAAAUCUUAACAUUGACAAAGAUACAACCUUGCUUGCUUCGGCUAAAAAAACAAAGAAGUCGGUGUCAAAGAAGGAGUCUCAGAAGAAUGAUAAAGAUGUGAAGAGAUUAGAAAAAGAGAUUCGUGUUCUUUUGCAAGAGCGAGGGACUCAGGACAAACGGAUCCAGGACAUGGAAUCUGAAUUGGAGAAGACAGAAGCAAAGCUAAAUGCAGCAGUCAGAGAGAAAACAUCUCUCUCGGCGAGUAAUGCUUCACUGGAAAAACGGCUUACUGAAGUAACCAGAGCAAACGAGCUACUAAAGUCUAAGUUUUCUGAAGAUGGUCACCAAAAGAAUAUGAGAGCUCUAAGCCUGGAAUUGAUGAAACUCAGAAAUAAGAGAGAGACAAAGAUGAGGAGUAUGAUGGUCAAACAGGAAGGCAUGGAGCUGAAGCUGCAGGCCACUCAGAAGGACCUCACGGAGUCUAAGGGAAAAAUAGUCCAGCUGGAGGGAAAGCUUGUUUCAAUAGAGAAAGAAAAGAUCGAUGAAAAAUGUGAAACAGAAAAACUCUUAGAAUACAUCCAAGAAAUUAGCUGUGCAUCUGAUCAAGUGGAAAAAUUCAAAGUAGAUAUUGCCCAGUUAGAAGAAGAUUUGAAAGAGAAGGAUCGUGAGAUUUUAAGUCUUAAGCAGUCUCUUGAGGAAAACAUUACAUUUUCUAAGCAAAUAGAAGACCUGACUGUUAAAUGCCAGCUGCUUGAAACAGAAAGAGACAACCUUGUCAGCAAGGAUAGAGAAAGGGCUGAAAGUCUCAGUGCUGAUAUGCAGAUCCUAACAGAGAGGCUGGCUCUGGAAAGGCAAGAAUAUGAAAAGCUGCAACAAAAAGAAUUGCAAAGCCAGUCACUUCUGCAGCAAGAGAAGGAACUGUCUGCUCGUCUUCAGCAGCAGCUCUGCUCUUUCCAAGAGGAAAUGACUUCUGAGAAGAACGUCUUUAAAGAAGAGCUAAAGCUCGCCCUGGCUGAGUUGGAUGCGGUCCAGCAGAAGGAGGAGCAGAGUGAAAGGCUGGUUAAACAGCUGGAAGAGGAAACGAAGUCAACUGCAGAGCAACUGAAGCGGCUGGACGACCUGUUGAGAGAGAAAGAAGUUGAACUGGAGAAACAUAUUGCUGCUCACGCCCAAGCCACAUUGAUUGCACAAGAGAAGUAUAAUGACACAGCACAGAGUCUGAGAGACGUCACUGUUCAGUUGGAAAGUGUGCAAGAGAAGUAUAAUGACACAGCACAGAGUCUGAGGGACGUCACUGCUCAGUUGGAAAGUGAGCAAGAGAAGUAUAAUGACACAGCACAGAGUCUAAGGGACGUCACUGCUCAGUUGGAAAGUGAGCAAGAGAAGUACAAUGACACAGCACAGAGACUGAGAGACGUCACUGGUCAACUGGAAAGCUAUAAGUCAUCAACACUUAAAGAAAUAGAAGAUCUUAAACUGGAGAAUUUGACUCUACAAGAAAAAGUAGCUAUGGCUGAAAAAAGUGUAGAAGAUGUUCAACAGCAGAUAUUGACAGCUGAAAGCACAAAUCAAGAAUAUGCAAGGAUGGUUCAAGAUUUGCAGAACAGAUCAACCUUAAAAGAAGAAGAAAUUAAAGAAAUCACAUCCUCAUUUCUUGAGAAAAUAACUGAUUUGAAAAAUCAACUCAGACAACAAGAUGAAGACUUUAGGAAGCAGCUGGAAGAGAAAGGGAAAAGAUCAGCAGAGAAAGAAAAUGUAAUGACAGAAUUAACCAUGGAAAUUAAUAAAUGGCGUCUCUUAUAUGAAGAACUAUAUGAAAAAACUAAACCUUUUCAGCAACAACUGGAUGCCUUUGAAGCCGAGAAGCAGGCGUUGUUGAAUGAACAUGGUGCAACUCAGGAGCAGCUAAAUAAAAUCAGAGACUCCUAUGCACAGCUACUCGGUCACCAGAACCUAAAGCAAAAAAUCAAACAUGUUGUGAAAUUGAAAGAUGAAAAUAGCCAACUCAAAUCGGAGGUGUCAAAACUCCGAUCUCAGCUUGUUAAAAGGAAACAAAAUGAGCUCAGACUUCAGGGAGAAUUGGAUAAAGCUCUGGGCAUCAGACACUUUGACCCUUCCAAGGCUUUUUGUCACGCAUCUAAGGAGAAUUUUACUCCAUUAAAAGAAGGCAACCCAAAUUGCUGCUGA